AUGUCUGACCAGGAACACACCUUUGAGACCGCCGAUGCCGGGUCCUCCGCCACUUACCCUAUGCAAUGUUCCGCCCUUAGAAAGAACGGGUUCGUUGUGAUCAAGGGCAGACCUUGUAAGAUUGUCGACAUGUCGACUUCGAAGACCGGGAAGCACGGUCACGCCAAGGUUCACCUGGUCGCCUUGGAUAUCUUCACUGGGAAGAAAUUGGAGGAUCUGUCCCCCUCUACACACAACUUGGAGGUCCCCGUCGUUAAGAGAACCGAGUACCAAUUGUUGGAUAUCGAUGAUGGGUUCUUGUCCCUGAUGACCAUGGACGGUGAGACCAAGGAUGACGUUAGACACCCAGACGGUGAGUUGGGUGACUCUAUGCAGGCACAGUUCGACGAGGGCAAGGACUUGAACGUCACCGUCAUCACCGCAAUGGGUGAAGAAGCUGCCAUUUCCUUCAAAGAAGCUCCAAAGUCCGAUUGA